AUGCCCCGUGCCCCCGCCUCCGGCAAAAAAGAGGGAGGGUCGGGAACGCCUUCGCCCCCACCUGAGAGCACUGUCAUGGACCCCACCCCUCACCCCCAAUUCCCGACCGAAGAGGCUGAACGAGGAAACUGGAAUGAAUUCCCCCCACCCCGGCCGCCGCCGCCAAUCCGGACUCAAAAUCUGCCGCCCCUUCACUCCCGGGGGAAGCGAGGAAGCCGGCAGUGCCCCCACAGGGAAGGCAUUCUCGUUCCGAUGCAGCCCCUCCCUCCCUCCACCCCUUCACCCCAGCCCCGGCUCCCAGGCUCCCCGGCCCCACCACUGCUCCCGCCCCAUCUACCCCCUCUAUCUAUCCCCUCCCCCGCGAGCCCCAGUCCCAGUCCACCCCCUCCGGGCAGCCCCAAGCAGCUUGGAGUGAAACAGCGCAAGGGGCUCUGGCUAGAAAGCGCCGAGAGAGAAUCUCAGCGGCGUCCGGGCUCCCCCGCCGCAGCCUUGAGCCCCAAGGGGCAGGCAGUCCGGGGACCGAGGGCACAGCAGCCCUUCCGUUCUGAUCUCCCUAAGCCCCAGUCCCGCUCCGGCUCGCCGGUCCCCCUGCAGCCCUGCCCAGCUCCCCGCGCCAGCUCGGGGUCCCUCCGGCCACAACUUACCCUGGGCUGGCGAGGGAGGAGAGCCGCUACCUGGAGCCGCGUCCGCCCGAGCUGCCCGCCUUUCCCUAGGGCGGAGGCGGAGGCGGAGGCGGAAUGCCCCCUGGGUUCAGCCCCUGCGGCCCGGCCAGCGGAGUCAGUCCUGGGCACGGAGCCCCGGCGGUGGCAGUGGCGGCGGCGGCGGCGGCGCUCAGCUCUGAGCCAGCCGGGACGCAGCGGAGCUGAGCGGGCAGCAGCAGCUCGGCUCGGGGCCGCUGGGCUGGCGGGCGCGCAGCAUUCAGCUGCCUCACGGCUGAGGACCCAGGAGUCCGAGCCGGAGGGAGCAGGUGAAGCCGCCGCCGCGGGGAUCUGGGUCCUGGCGAGACGUCCGCGGGCAGGGAAGGAAACAGAGAGCGAGAGGAAAGAGGGGAACGGAGCUUCAGGCGGCCGGCAGCGCCGCAGCAACAGCAGGCGAAAAAUGCGACUGCACACACCGCACCCGGGGCGGGAGCAGUGCAAGUUUGCGUUAGAAGUGCGGGGCGAGGCAGGCGUGCAGCAGGGCUUCCGGGCGCCCUUUUAA